GAUGAUGAAGAUCAAGAAAAUAGAGACUUCCAAGGUGGCCAGACAAUCACUGGACAGCAGAAUGGACCUAGUUAUGCUAAUGCUGUGAAACAUGGACAGAAGAAGACAUUUUGGAAACAACAAAAGACCCUUCCUAGACCAUGGAGUGAUGGAAAUUCUGAGGAUCACAAGUUUCAGCCUAAAAGAUUCAAGUCAGAAUUUGAUUCACCUCUAGUACCAACAGAACAAGAAGAGCAGAAUGGAACAUAUCCUUAUAAAAAUCAAAGAUCUUCAGCAUUUAACAGCCAAAAGCCCCCAUCUCCACAACACAUCGUUAGAGAGGAGAGAAAGGACAUAAAUAACCCACCCCCUCCCCCAAAGCAGAAUGAGCCCCAAAAUGAAAUGAGUGCACAAGAAUGGCCACCAAAACUUAGGGACUUUGUUCAAAGAUGUUUUUCACCAAGUAGAUGCAAGACAGAAGAAGACAAGGAUGAGGUGGAAAUAGCACUGAAAAGGAUGCUGACAAAAGUGUUUGAAGACAAUAAAGUCAACUCAAUUGAUUGGGAUGUUGAACCUUUACCAAGACUAAAAAGUGAAUCUAAAGAAGAACUACCAAGAUGGCAUCCUUCACGUAGGUACCAGUCUCCACCAAGGAGAACACCUCCUAAAAGGCAUUCUUCUCCAUUACCAUUUAGAUCUAAACGAGGCCGCAGUAGAUCAAGGAGUAGAUCAAGGAGUAGAUCAAGGAGUAGGUCUAGAAGCCCUAGUUCUCCUACAAACCUAAAGAAUUCUGAUGUAAAAGGAAGACUAGGUCCCAAAAAGAAUCCUACAAAGAAUGGACCAAAGCAGAAGCAAAAAACUCCCAAGGGUGGCAAAGGGAAGAAGGGCAAGAAAACUGGGCCUGUUCUUGGAGAGUUACCUGUUGACCCUGAAAAUGAGAAGAAGAUUAACAAGAGAGCACAGAGAUUUCAGUCUUCUUAUGAAAACCCUAAUCGUUCAAGUCCAAGUAUUAUAAGUACUUUAAAUGCUAAUAUGUAUAUGGAUAAAGAUGAAGAGGAGUUUGAUUGGAGUAAGUUCCAUAUUGUUGGGACGUGUCAAGACUUGAAAAAGAACUAUUACAGAUUAACAGCUGCACCAGAUCCAUCAACAGUAAGACCAAAAGAAGUACUCAAGAAGUCCCUAAUAAUGAUCAAAGACCAUUGGAAAUCCAAUCAAGAUGAUUAUAGAUAUAUUUGUGAGCAGUUUAAAUCAAUGCGUCAAGACCUAACAGUGCAAGGAAUCCGAGAUGAGUUUACAGCUGAGGUGUACGAGACACAUGCUAGAAUAGCUUUAGAAAAGGGAGACAGAGAGGAGUUCAACCAGUGCCAGACACAACUUAGAUCCUUAUAUGACAAUGGUGUUCCUGGAAAUGUCAUUGAGUUUACGUCAUACCGAUUGUUGUACCACUUGUUAACUAAUAAUGUACUUGACUAUUCAACAGACAUACUAAAACUAACAAAGGAGGAAAAACAAACCAUACCUAUACAACAUGCACUGCGUUUGUGCUCUGCAUGGGCAUUGUCUAAUUAUCACACUUUUUUCCAACUUUAUCUAUGUGCUCCCAAUAUGUCAGGCUACCUAAUUGAUCUGUUUGUUAAGAGGGAACGUGUUGCUGCAAUCAAGACUAUGAUCAAAUCUUACCGUCCYUCUUUGCCYAUAGCCUUCAUUCAAUCUGAGCUAGGUUUUACAGAGGAAGAGGAGUGUAAGAAGUUUCUGAUGGAAGUAGGAGCUACACUAACAGCCCAGGGUGCCAAGGUGGAUUGCAAAGUUGGUUUAUCUGAUGUCUGAGAAAUCAAGACCUACCACCAUGCAAACAUGAAAUGAGUUUCAUUUGACAAAGCUUAUUUCAUUUUUGCAUUAAUUCGAUGUUACAUAAUUAGAAUUUAAAAAUUAUAUAGUGUACAUAUCAAUGGAAAUAAUUUGUAUAGAAGAGAGCAAUUCAUAUAUUUCCUUUAAAAAAUAUAUUGUAAGUAUUCAUGAAACAGUCAGUAGAUAGUUUCUACACUGUAUAUAUACACUGAGGCAGAAGACCAUCCAUGUCCGCACACAGAAUCAAGUGAGUUACCAUGUCAACAAAGCUAUAUAUCAAGAUGCGACUGACUUCAACAAUGAUGUCUGGACACCCACACAUCACCCAAGGGUGGGCAGCUAUUCCCAGUUAUACUAAGCAGAUGAAGUUGUCAAGUUUCUUGCAGGAUGAAGAUUCAAGUGGAUGGUUCAUGAUCACAAGAGAAAUGUCAAGUUGUGUAAGAUAACACUUGAUUUUUWAAAAAAAUAAAUGAAUUUGAUGAAA